CCCUCCCGCUCUCCUAGAACGCUGGUUCCCCAGGAAGGGGAGGAGUUCUUCCUGGCGCCGAGGCCACCGUCGCCAGGGCAACGCCGCUUUACUGGGCCCAACGGAUUAGGCGGCCUGGGGCUGCAGGCGGCCGCGUGGCCUCGGGGUCAGCGCCAGCAGCAUGGACAGCCUGUACGUGGAGGAGGUGGCCGCCUCCCUGGUCAGGGAGUUUCUUAGCAGAAAGGGUUUGAAGAAGACAUCUGUGACCAUGGACCAGGAGCGCCCCCGCUGUGAGCUCAGCAUCAACAGCAGAAAUGAUCUCCGCAAAGUUCUCCAUCUGGAGUUUCUCUACAGGGAGAACAAGGCAAAGGAAAAGCCUCUAAAAACAAACCUUGAGCUCAUAACCAGAUACUUUCUGCACCAUUCUGGGAACACAGACAACUUAAGUCAAGAAGCCCCAAUCCCUGAACUCCCAGUUGCAAAGAAAAAUAAUAAACUGCUGUCAAGAUGUUCAGAGACCACACUGGUGAAUAUAUACGAUCUUUCAGAUGAAGACACAGGAAGACGAAUAUCAUGGUCAGAAGCCGGCAAAGCCAGGCAUGACAAUCUUGAUGGGGAUAUGCUCGGUAAUUUCAUGUCAUCCAAAAAAAGCCCACAGAAAAGUAAGCCUGCGCACAUGGUCCUGGGUGACAGCCUCCCUGUGGUUCCUGCGUGGGAGAAGGUGGAGCAUCUUCAUUCAUCAGAGCCUUGCACAGAUGUGAAGAGGCCAGUGGAGAGGACCAGGCCAAAGUCUGGCCUGAUUUUCCGAGGCAUGAUGGCCGGGCCCGUCGCCAGCUCCCCGCAGGACUCUUUCCGCAGACGCUCUCUGAGACAGUCCUCAGCCUUGAGCAGGAAGCUCCAGGCCCCUGAGGAAGGCCUGCAGCCGUCCGAGCCUCUUGUCCACACCCCAGCCUGUCCGGGUCCACAGGAGGUCCCUGCUUCCCUCAGUGACUCUGUCUCCAGGAGCCCUCUGGGCCAGCUGAAUGAAUUGCCUAGGGAGAAGCCAAAUGCCACUUCCAGCAGCCAAGGGCUGUCCCACAGGGACAGGCCCAGACUAAGAAGUGUUUCAGAGGACAGCCCACUGGGGUACAGCCACACGGAAACCAGCACAGCACCUUUGAAGCUGUCCUUGCCUGGUGGGAAUUCCAGGGUGACCCAAGAGCAGCUGGAAAAAGCCUUCAAGCGGCAGGACAGCCAGCCCCGAUCUCUCAGGGAAAAUCAGUUGAUGUCUGAAAAGGCCAGUGAUGAACCAGAUGCCCUGUUGCUAGAGGAUGUUGAGGAUGAACUGAUAAAGGAAGAUGUUGUCCUGUCCCCACCUCCAUCGAUGCUCAAGCUGCAAACUGUGUCAAAGCCAAUGGACCUCUCCUUGGCGAAGGAGCUGAAGACCCUUCUGUUUGGCUCUACCUUUUGCUGCUUCAGUGAAGAAUGGAAACUUCAGAACUUUUCCUUCAAUGACUCCGCCUCGUUAAAAUAUGGCAUUGUACAGAACAAGGGUGGUCCCUGUGGGGUUCUGGCGGCUGUUCAAGGCUGUGUACUGCAGAAACUCCUGUUUGAAGGAGAUAGCAAAACCAACUCUAAUCUCAGGCUGCAGCCCUCAGACUCCCAGAGGACCCACUGCCUUGCCCUGGCCCUGGCAGACAUCUUGUGGCGAGCUGGAGGCAGAAAGCAAGCCGUGGUUGCUCUGGCUUCAGGAACACCACACUUCAGUCCAACAGGGAAAUACAAAGCAGAUGGAGUCUUAGAAACACUCUCCCUGUAUAGUUUGACCUGCUCUGAGGACCUGGUGACUUUUCUCCAGCAGAGCAUUCAUCAGUUCGAAGUGGGACCCUAUGGUUGCAUCCUGCUCACCUUGUCUGCCAUCCUGUCCAGAUCCCUGGAGCUUGUCCGCCAGGACUUCGAUGUCCCCACCAGCCAUCUGAUUGGAGCUCACGGAUACUGCACACAGGAACUUGUCAAUCUUCUCCUGACCGGGAGAGCCGUGUCCAAUGUUUUCAAUGAUAUAGUGGAGCUGGACUCAGGCGAUGGGAACAUCACGCUCCUCCGAGGCAUCGAGGCGCGCAGCGACAUCGGUUUCUUAUCGCUCUUUGAACACUACAAUGUGUGCCAGGUUGGCUGCUUCCUGAAGACUCCGAGGUUCCCCAUCUGGGUGGUCUGCAGCGAGAGCCACUUCAGCAUCCUCUUCAGCCUCCAACCAGAGCUCCUGUCCAACUGGAAGACGGAGCGGCUCUUCGACCUCUAUUACUACGAUGGCUUGGCCAACCAGCAGGAGGAGAUUCGGCUGACUGUUGACACCACCAAGACCAGCCCAGAGGACAGCUGCAGCGACCUUGUCCCUCCCCUUGAGCUCUGUAUCAGAACCAAAUGGAAGGGGGCAUCCGUGAACUGGAAUGGCUCAGACCCCAUCCUGUGACCCUUGGAUACAUCAAGCUCUGGCUUCAGCACUCAUCACUGGGAUGACCCUUGGACCCCAGGUCUUAGGGUCAAGUCUCUCAGAGGAACCCUCCUGCCUGAGUUUGCAUGGCCACAGAGGCAUACCGAGCCUUCCAGUUUCUUCCAUGAAGGGCCGUGGUAGGGCCCGGUGCACCGCUGAGGUUCCCUCCUGACACAGCUGUGACUACCAAAGACAAGAAGGCCAUCCAAGAUCCUGUCUUCCAUCUGCAUCCCUCCUGGACAGCCCCUCUCUCCAAGGCCUCUGGUGUAGCUGGCCUUGGGGACUCUGGACACUUGUUACUACAGUUUCUAUAAAGCAGAAGUCAAGUCUAUGACCAGGGCCGAGACUUUGUGAUUCAUUAGUGUGAGGGGAGCGCAGAUCUGUUCUCAUCAUGGCCAAGGUGGGACAGCGAGGUGGAGGCCCCCCAGUAGGCUAAGUAUCUCCUAGCCAAGAUCUGAGGACAAGCCCUGCCCUUUGUCUCAAGGAUGUCCUUGUCAGGUCCCCUGGUCUUCCUGUUUUCUGCAGGAGCAGCAUAGUCUAAGAUACAAGCUAUGUGGUCUGCUGUCCAAGAGUAGCCCAAACGCUAGAGAGUCUGCACCAGGGAGACCUGCUUCUCCUAUGAGGCUACAUGAGGAUGGGGGUGAGUCUCGAAGGAGACUGGAAUGGACAGGGAUAGAAAGCUGCCCAGGGAGUGACUUUUUGGCCAUGCGCGUGAGCCAAGAAGAUGGGGAUAAGCAAAGGGAUCAAGUGUAGACUUCCCUGUGGCUAUGGGGAGAACUGACUGCCAGUGUGAGUGGGCAGGGCUUUGGAAGUACUCACAUUGCAGAAUAAGGAGAGAGGUUGCAUGGGAAAAUGGUAUAUUCUGCAUUUCGCUUACUACAUUGGUGUCUGUCCUGUGGCUUUCAUCAAGGAGUGUGAUAAAGCAGCAGUGGGAGGCUGGGGCAUAACUAUGGGAGUGUCUGGAUCAAAGCCAGAGUCCAGGGCUACUCACAGCAGUUCACAAGAGGGACCUGGGGCAAAGUUCCAGCCCUCAAAGUCCCUGUCAUAUGGCUAUCCAGGUAAGAAACUAGGACUAAAAGAAUGAUGAAGCCAGCAGGUGCCUCCACCCCCAGCUCAGGGGCCAUGCAGAGGUGGGUGCUUAUACACGUGUCAAGAGAGGCACACGGGAGUUGUAGAUGCUUUAUGUCAGCCCAUCUUUGGCCUCCAUGUGUCCCCAUGUGGUUUAAGAGCUCUAGGCUCUCUAGGGCUGUUUCCUCUACUGUAAGAAUGCACCCCUCCUUUUUAGGGAGUUGGGGGUUUGGUGGGGACAACUACAGAGCUUGUCUUGUGUUUCUCUGGAAAGGGCACACGCUGUGUCCCAACUGCAGAUCUUUGGGGCGACAGGGAGGAGUCAGCCAUGCCAUAGGAGAAUGGGAGGGCGGGGAGGGCUGUGUCCUGCACCAGGCUCCCUUGGGGCUUGCUGUGUAAACUUUAGUGGCCAUUCACAGCAGGUUCCCAGUAGAAAUGCUUCCUAUAUCUCCUUGAAAUGUUUAUGCAUUUGUUUUCCUUGGCCAGGGAUGGGCCGCUGCAGAGUGCCUGGCUGAGGAAGUUGGUUUCCCUGCAGUGGCCUUGUUUAUCGGCCUGGGGAGGAAAAGUAUCUUUUCAAUGAAACCCACUUAGUCUCCUUGCCAGGGGCGCUUUGGCAGCACUAGAGAAAACAAACAAUUCCCAGCAUUGCCGCAGAAGGUUAACCCAACAAAGCACAGAGCUUGCUUUUUCUAGGAGCCCAGAUGCAGAUACUUAGAUGAUGCCUUGGAGUGGAAGGUGGGCAGAGCCAGGUACCACCACUCGCAGGCUCCGAAGCCAGAAUACACUCUCAGUUACCCUCUCCGCGCUAUAGGAACAAAACACACGAGGCUCUGCCUCAUCACAAGUGGGCACCGUCCACAUGGGCUCCUUGUUUUCUCGGGAUGCAGUGGCUCGACUUCUGUGGCUCAUAGCCCUCUCCCAGCCUGUGUUAAAAUCUGUAAUGCUCACACACGUGUGUGUUAGGGGUCCAUCGUUCUCUGUCUCUGUUCUCUACUUAGAGACAAAGUCCUGAAUACGCUGGCCAGUCUUUUCCCAUUGACUUCCCCCUCCGUCUUUAGUGUUCAAAGGAUCUAGAUGGACAAACAGGCCAUGACUGUUGACUUCUGGCAUUAUGAAGAGGAGUACAUGGGAUAAGUGUAAUGGCCACUUAACUCAAACCUCUCACGAGGAAAGGCCUCCCCUUGCCCUGGGAUGGUCUCUUGAACAGGGUGCUGUGGCAGCCUGUUUUCACUCUCCUGCCUUGCUCCACGACCUCCAGACCGUGUGCUGUCUCUGGCUCUUUCAGAAAAGAGGGGUCGGCUAGACACUUCUUACUGUAUAGUACAGCCAUCCUAGAGGCUGCUCUUUGCCACCAGUGGGCACUCAGAUAGCUCUGGCUCCUUCAUAUCUCAGGAUGUCUUAUGCUGGGCAGGUGUGUGUAUGUGUGUGUGUGUGUGUGUGUGUGUGUGUGUGUGUGUGUGUGUGUGUUACCCUACCUACUGCUUACUGCUUAGGGUAGGCCAGCUUCCUCUGUGGGGGACAACCUCUUCCUCCAUCCCCUUUGUGGAACACCUGAGUCUUCUCUCUGUGGAUUCCACUUGAGAGCCAUAUGAAGCCCCACACAGCUUUGCCCCUACACACCGGAUCAGCUCUGGCUGUGUGCUCGGUAUCUCGGCUUUUUCCAUAACUUUUCCAGGUGACUCAGCUGUGAUUCCUUCCAUUACAAGUGGGCACUGUCCGUGUGGGCACAUGGUUUUCUAGGGAUGCAGUGGGUAGGCUUCUGUGGCACAUAGUCCUCUCCCAACCUGUAUUAAAAUCUUGAAUGCUCACA